ACACAGCCCCUCUUCAGUCUGAGGAGGUUGUAAAUGUUCAUGGCUGCCUCACGAAUUGCUUCGUCGAGGAGAUUGUGUUGUAAAUAUAAAUGUAUCUUUUAUGUAGCGUUUGUAAUUUUGUGUAUUCAGUUUUUGUUAUACAAUACAAACAUCAAAGAUUCGGAAUCUUCUUCAAUAGAAAAGCUAGAUGAUGAUUCCGUAGAAAAACAUGAGAAUUCAAGUAUUGUUGAGGAGCCAUUGGGAGAAGAUAAAAGAGAAGCCAUAAAUGAUAAUCCCAGUAGAGAGGAGGGUGCCUCCCGUGAAGGUCUCACUAGUGAGGAGUCUCAUAAUCUGUCCGGUGAAGACAUCCAGCACAGAUUGGGCUUCAUCAAAGACUUCAUCCCUCCCUGUAAGAUAGAAAGCGCACAAGCUCUGUCUGCAAUACAGAGAGCCACUACCGGAAACUGUAAACAAGAGAUUGCUGACAUUGCUUGUGGGAUCCAGGAGGGGGGCGUGUACCCAGGCUCUCUGCCCAAUACUUGCCACUUAAAAGGUAACCACUCUAGAGGUCAUUAUUAUGGCUGCUAUUCAGACAAACCAGAAGAUCGAGACUUCGCCCAUCAGAAGACUUUCCCUACAGAAAACUGGUCACAGCAGUGCAUAGAUUACUGUCUACAGAUAGGUUAUAGAUAUGCAGGCUUACAAUAUGGACGGGAGUGCUGGUGUGGAAAUUCAUUUGGUAAACACGGAACAGAGGGUGCACUUUGUAAUCAGCCAUGUCCUGCAAAAUCUAGUGAAAUAUGUGGAGGGUAUCUCACCAACGACAUAUACAGUACCGGAAUUCAAGAAAGAUUAAGUAAUGGCCCAGGGGAUCUACAUUUUGAAGAUGUUCACUCCAAGGUCAAGGUUAUGUUUGUUUUGACCUUGAAUGGCCGACAAGUUAGACAAGUGCGAAGACUACUUAAAGCCAUUUACCAUCGAGAUCACUUCUAUCUCCUGCAUGUUGACAUAAGACAAGAAUACCUUUUUCGAGAGUUACUUCCCUUGGAAGACUUACUACCAAAUCUUCGUCUAGUGCGUAAACGAUUUGCGACAAUCUGGGGCGGAGCCAAUCUCCUGGAUGCCCAUUUACACAUUAUGAAGGAAGCCCUGGAGUCGGAUUUAAAGUGGGACUACUAUGUUAAUUUAAGUGAAAGUGACUAUCCAAUCAAAAAACUGGAAUCCUUGGUUGCUUAUCUAACAAAGUACAGAGGCUAUGUUUUUCUUAAGUCUCAUGGCAGAAACACUUCUCUGUUUUUGAGGAAACAAGGCCUGGACCAGACAUUUUUGCAGUGUGAUAACCACCUUUGGCGUCUGGGACCACGUACACUUCCUAGGGGGAUCCAGAUGGAUGGGGGCAGUGACUGGGUGGGGCUCCCUCGUCAGUUCUGCGAGUAUGCAAUAAACUCGGAGGAUAAACUCCUGACUGGACUCCGGAAACUUUACAAGUACACGCUGCUUCCAGUAGAGUCAUUUUUCCACACCUUGCUCCACAACAGCCACUUCUGUGAUAAGUGGAUGGAAAACAAUCUCCACAUUACAAACUGGGACCGGAAGAGAGGCUGCAAGUGUCAGCACAAGAAUGUAGUGGACUGGUGCGGUUGUUCUCCUAAUGACUUCAUCUCUCAGGACUUGGACAGAAUUCUGACCUUGGAAUUAAAGCCAGUGUUUUUUGGCAGAAAGUUUGAGCCUGCAGUGAAUCAAGAUAUCAUCAAUAGUAUGGAUGUGUACAUGUUCGGAAAUGAGAUGAGAGAUGUAACAGCCCUUACAAACUACUGGCAAAAUGAGUACCACCACCAAGACCUAAGUACCAAGUUGGAUGACACGUAUCUGAGCUUCUACAUGUCCUUCAUGAGACUGACAGCGAACAGGAUGGUCGCAGACACAGCAGCACAGUGUCAGGUGCUCCCCGGGAAACUGCUCCAGGUCCACUUGUUUCAGCGAAGUGACAGGACCCAGGGACUACUAAUGAUGUUUGAAGCCUCCACAGGGGGCGGGUCCAAAGUAGUUCUAGAGAGUCAUGUGAUGAUGAGGCAGCAUUUUUCUGUGAUAAACCCUGAAGGACCGGCUGGCAGACUCAUCAAUCUGGAGGUUGGCAGCGACUAUGACCUAAAGGAGUCUAUGUUUAGAAAUUACGGCCAGUUACUGGGUCCUUACAGUGACCUUGUCCUGAGACACACAUGGGGACCGGGUGAACCAUUAACAGUGUCCUUUGCAUGGAUCGACCCAGCCAAGAUCAUUGCAGCUUCUUAUGAUGUGAACAUUACUGGUGCUGGUCAAAUUGAACCAUUUAAACCAUUACUAAAGCGACCGUUACGACCAGGUGUGUGGACCACCAAAAUCAUGCACAGGUGGCAGAUUUUUGCUGAGGCACAAUUCCUUGUUCUGCCUUUGACUAUGUUUAAGGGAAAGUCUUUGGACGCCAGUCAAGCAGCCCUUAAUCAUAACGGACCAUCAGGAUAUUACGCUAGACAAGAUUUCACCGAGUUUGAGGAAGUUCUCAAAGUGGACCGUGUAGGAGAGGCCCGGGCAGCAGCUGAUGAGAAUGGACAGAAGCAGGGCCGUGUGUUGGAAGAGUGGGCGGAUCAGAUGUGUGGGGAGUUUUGGAGCGUACAAGAAGUUUGUCAGACAAGGGAGAUAAUUGCAGAGUGCUCAUUCAUUAAAAAGUGUGAGGAAACUUACUGGAGUUCUCAGUCACCGGAUCCCAAGUCCACCAUUACAGCAUUAGAUCCUGAUUCUGGUCUCAUUCGAUAGAAAAUAGGGUCUAUUGCUGAUUAAUUCAUUAACAUUAUUUAUAUGCAUAUAAUCUGUAAUACACUAAAAAUGUCUGGCAAUCAUUCAUUUUAUUUUCCUUAGUCAUCUCUCUGGGAUUGUUUUCUUCAGUAAGUGUGAGGUACAAUGAAGAUCAGGGAAGCAAUCAUUUUGUUUGAAUUUAUGUAAACUAAAAUGAAUUGGGCCAGUAUUCCUAUAUGCGAUUUAGCAAUGUAAACAUUUGAGACGAGUAUUACCAGUAAUUUUUGGGGGCUGCGCUCUUUUUUGUUUUUGUUUUUUUUUUACGCAGGGUUAACUUUGCCUGUGAUGUUUUAUAAAAUCCACGUUGACUGUUGUUAAUGUAUAUCCAGUGUCUUCCAUUAAGAAAGGGUGGUUAUUUAUUGUACAUUUGUAUCACCGACUACUUUCUUGUACAUGUACAUUUUUUGAUGCAUUGCGGGUUGUUGAUUUUCUUCUUCAUAUUAAACUUGAUAUUAUUUUAAAUGGAACAAAUUGCUGCUGCACUGCCAGCUUGUUGUCUUAUAAAUUUAAUUGUACCAUUCUAUCUUCAUUUUUUACAGGACUGAUAUACAUAUUGACAUUUGUGACUGAUUUGAAUACCAUUUCCAUGUCAAUUACAGUAAAACAUGCUUAUAGCAAACAUGUUUAUAAUGAAUUCACAAGUACAGCAAACUUAUUCUCAUUCCCUGUAGUUUUAAAACACAUUUUGAACAUAUUAGAUAUUAAUGAAUUACGCUUAUAACGAAUCAACAUCAUUCAUCCCAACACUUCACUAUAAGUGUGUUCUACUGUACACUGGCAAUUUUUAUAUUUUAUGCCAAGUAGAAGUCACGGGUCAGUGCUUCCUUGUUUAAUUGCUGUAUUCACAACUGCCAUUUCAGCAUACUUACCUGGGUAAACAGUGUGUUGCUUGUAAUUAUCAAUGACUUCAUAAAUCAGUACACAAAGUAGUAUAAAAUGCAAUGCAAAACCAAGAAUUUGUAGAGUAUUUAUUGACCGGUCAACAAGGGAUGCUUACUCCUUCUAGGCACUUGAUCCCACCUCUGGUGUGUCCAGGGGUCCGUGUUUGCAUAAUUCUCUAUUUUGUAUUGCUUAUAGGAGUUAUGAAAUUGAUCAUCGUUCGUUAUCUUCACCUUUCAUGCAGGCUUACGUUCAAUAUUUGGUCUGUAGGAUAUCUGACUGAAAUUUUUAUUCUCAAAGUUUAUAUAUAAUUUUGCCAAAAGAGACCACCGUUAUGACUGGGAAUUGUUACAUGCAGUAGUUUGAUAAAUUGAUCGUAAAUCUUGAAUUUUAUCAUAAUGCUGGUAUUAUUUUUGUAAUUUGUUUUUCAAAGUUGUUGGGGAAAAUAUGUAAAAGAAAUAUAUUGAUUUUUAAAAGCUUACUUUUUUGGUGCAGUGAAAUCCUGUUUUGAUAGUUAGUAUAAGUUAUACAUGUAGAAGAAAUGUGUAUUCAAACAUUUUGAUAAAAAUGUUUAUCAACGAGAUACUUUAUUUACAACUGUAGGAUACUAUAAAGAUUUAGCAGAAUUUUUGCGAGAAAUCAACGUACUUGUGAUGACUUACCAAUCUUAUUUACAGCAUAGUAUGCUUUCCUAAUUAAUAUUUUGUUCAAAUGCAAAUUUAAUUCAUUUUUUCAUCAGAUUUUGUCUUAUUCAUAUUUCAUUGAUUAGUGGUUGCACGUCAUAUUAACAUCAUAUUAAUAUCUAUAAGAAAUAUUUUUUUUUUAAAAACAUUACUUGUAGGAACUGUUUUUAUACAUACAUUUAUGAUGGUUCAAACAUAUUAUUACUUGUUAGAUUUGUUACUGACUGUCUACAGAAAUUUGUUGGGUUGUUAAAAUCCAUAGAAAAUGAGAUAAAGUUGAGUCCUCUAUAGACUAAAAACAGCUGACAAAUUUCUAUAGACAGUCAGUAACAGACCUACCAGUAACAGGUGUUUUGUUUCGUCGAGGACCAAUAAUUAUGUUUGAUUUGUUUAAGAAAGAAAUGCAAUUAAAAAGAUGCUCCAGAUGCCUUAUUGCCGUUUAAAUUCUGCUACUCGCUGUUUAAGAAAUUUAACCUGGACAUGCUUUAUCCAAAUACGGAGCUUCAUUUCAGUUCAAGGCAAAACAAAAUGAAAUCUUAUGGCUAUAUUUAUACCUUGCGGAUCUUUGCAGUUGACAUGUUCAUGUAUUUUGAAGGAGGGGAUGGGUCAUUAUUGUGUGAUUGCGUAGCAUACCACCAUGACAUCAUUUUUAAAACUUUCAUACAUGUAGCUGUGUGUAUGAAAUCGUGAACCUCGAGGUCUGUGAGACUGUCAUCUCUGUGAUCUGUUAACAUUCAUCUUUUCUGUGAUGGUAGGUACGUGUUUAGAUGUUCGUAUCACAUUUUAACUUGUGAUACCUACCCUUUAUUAUCACAUUUUAACUUGUGAUAUCUACCCUUUAUUCUUUCACAAUGGUGCUAUUUUGUUUGCCUUGGCAUGAUUUUGAUGGAUCUACGUAUUGAACAGUUAAGUAUAUACAAUGUAUAUUGUAAUUAUAUGGAAUGCAUGAACAUUCAUUUAUAUAUCAUACAAUGCAUGUAUGUGUAACAUGAGCGGAGGGUGUAAUGAUUAUUCUUCUGUUUUAAAAAAAAUUAAGUUUGUGAACAAAGUGCUGAAAACUCAUCACAAUAACCUGGUGUUCUCACUAUAUAUGUAUUACAUGUUGUAUAGCAGGGCUGGAAGACAUGUAUAUUCAUGAUUUAGUCUGAAAACGAUGCCUACAGGCAAUUCGUUUUGUGUUUUUUGGUUGGUACAAAAAGAAGGUAUUGUUUAAUUCAGAAGUACCACAUUUACCAUUAGUGUUUACUCGUGUGGCAAUUUUGUUUAAAAGAUUCACGUUAAAUGUGAAAGUACACAAAACGUAGAAAUGGAGGGGGUGGGGUAGACAAGGGGCUCAAACUUUCUCCCCCGCCCCUUCUUUCUCUCCCUAUUUUUGUCUCCUUCCUCCCACUCCUGAGUCCCCCCUCCCCCUUUCCCACACCCCCAAUCCUCCCCUCUUUUUACCCUAUCUGCCCCAACAGACAUAAAAUGUUCACCCUUAUUUUGAAAAAUUUAGUGACAAUCAAAUUGCUCAAAAUGCUGAGACAGUCGGGGUUGUGCAGCAACACAAGGUAAAACCAGAAAUGGUCUUGUUAAUUAACUUGAUAGCCUAGUCAAACCUCGCAGGAAAAAUUGUUAAGAAGGAUUUGCAAUUCUGCCUUUUAGGGUUUUUCAAACCCAAGAAAGGGGGAGGAAAUGAUUUAUUUAUUUUUUUAGUGUUCUGCAAUAAUUGCAGAGUUAAGUUAAAAAUUCAUUGUGAGAUGGGGGGGGGGGGGGGGGGGGGGGGACACGGUAGCUUUCACUGCUUUGUGUUGUGGUUACAUGAGUAAAACUGCGAAGUCAAUUUCGAUAUUGAAUACAUGUAUCACUGUUGGAGAAAAACAAAGUGAUUUCUUCUGACCUUCAGUGGGUAUGAUUUUGACAUUGGGGUUUCAUUUUUUAACAGGCAGGUAAACAAUUCCACAUUUGUGUUGUCUUAACUUUUUUUUAAUUAGGCAAAUUAACACCUGAGUUUAGUUUAUGUUGUUGGAUGACGUUGGUUUGGAGGAGUUUUCUUUAAAAUAUUCAGCUUUCACAUCACCCACUUAGUUAUCACUUAGAAGGUCAUCACUUAGAAGGUCAUCACUUAUAAUAGACCACUGCAUGUAUUAUACUUUCUGAUAUCAUGAAAUCAGAAAAAACAAUGAACACCAAUAUUUGUUUUAAGGAUUGUACUUAGUAAUUUGAUUAGAGUUUGUUUUAAAAUUUACUCUUUUUUUUUGUACAUUUAUGUUGCAAACAAGCACUUGUAUUAUUACUUAAGUUACAUAUUGUACAUUUACAGCAAAUUAAAAAUACUAAAAGCAUUAAA